AUGGGAGCUUAAUGCUGUUGUUCAUAUCCAUAAAAAUCGAUAACUAAUGAAAUAGUUGUGGAUGUGAAAGGGAGUUUACACACAUUAUCGAAAAAAAGUUUAAACAACGAUUAGUUCGUUGGAUUGGACAAUGUUAAUGAGAUUAAGGAAUAAUAUGAAGACUUUGAAGUUAUUGCAGAUUCUCCAUAAGAUCUUACUCCAAAAGAGGAUUAGAACGGGUAAUAAUGUAAAGUGUUUGCAUAAUCAGAAAGCAAAGUUGAUACGUUGCCAAAGAACGGGAUUAAAAAAAAAUUAACUGUAUCCUCUAUUGGAACAGUGAAGUUAGGAGCUGACGUUUUUGUGAAUCUUAAGUAAGGAAGCAUUCACAAGUAUUACACAACUGGGGAGGUCCUAGGUCAAGGAGCGUAUGGAAAGGUUUGGAAGGUUACUCAUAAAAAUACAGGGAUGAUCAGAGCCAUGAAGUAAUUAAAGAAAAGUUCUUUGAUUGUUGAAGAACAACAAAGACUAUUUGCAGAAAUGAACAUUCUUAAAAAUUUAGAUCAUCCUCACAUUGUUAAAUUAUACGAAUUGUACUAAGAUUAAAAGAACUACUAUUUGAUCACUGAAUAUUUAUCAGGAGGUGAAUUAUUUGAUCGAAUUAAAUCCAUGACAUACUUCAGUGAAAAAAAAGCAGCUGAAUUUAUUCGAUAAAUCUUGCUUGCUGUUGUUUAUUGUCAUGAAUAAAAAAUUGUUCAUAGAGAUUUAAAACCUGAAAAUAUUUUAUUUAUUAAUGAAUCUUCUAAUUCACCAUUAAAAGUCAUUGAUUUCGGAACCUCAAGAAAAUACGAUACUGAAAAGAAGAUGACCAAAAAACUAGGAACUGCUUAUUAUAUAGCUCCUGAAGUAUUAAAAUAAGAUUACAAUGAAAAGUGCGAUGUUUGGUCAUGUGGUGUCAUCCUAUACAUUCUGCUAUGUGGGUAUCCUCCUUUUACAGGGAAAACCGAAAAAGACAUUAUGCAUAAAGUGAGCGAGGGCAAAUUUAAAUUCGAUUAGGAAGAUUGGGGCUUCAUCUCAGAAGAAGCUAAAAAUUUGAUAACCAAAAUGCUUCAAGUUAAUCCAAAUCAAAGAAUCUCAGCCAAAUAAGCCUUGCAUGAUCCUUGGAUUGAUAAACACAAUUUAAAUGAAUAAGUCAAUUAAAUAGUGUUAUAAAAUUUGUAAAAAUUCCAAGCUAAAUCUAUUUUUACUUAGGCUGUCCUCUCUUAUAUCGCAUGCUAAAUGACUACUUAAUAAGAAUAGGACGAGUUAGUUAAGACCUUCCAAACUCUGGAUCAAGAUAAGAAUGGGAUAUUAUCAAAGGAUGAACUCAUUGAAGGUUAUGCAUUAGUUUUAAAAGAUAAAGAAUUAGCUAUUAAAGAAGUCAAUAAGAUUCUUUAAAUUGUAGAUCUCAAUUAGAGUGGAUAAGUUGAUUUCUCAGUAGAAUUUUUGAUGGCAGCAAUGAACCAAGAAAAACUGGUAUCCCUUGAACGAGUUAAGGCAGCUUUCAAGAUAUUCGAUGCGAAUGACGAUGGGAAGAUAUCAAAAGAAGAACUAGAACUUAUGAUUGGGAGUAUUGAUGAGGAGCUUUGGCAAUAGAUACUAAUGGAAUGCAAGGCAGAAGGAGAAAUUACAGAAAAAGAAUUCGUUGAAAUACUACUUAAUCAAAAGCUUUGA